UCAGCAGCGCUCGACGCAAUGCAGCUAAAGCUCACCAGACUGGCGCAGCGACGCGUCGCCAGGCCCGCGGCGCGCGCGUACAGCAGCGCCGUCGCGGCAGUGCAGCCGCCCACCCACGUGGCGACGAUGCCGAACCAGAUGCGCGUCGCCACAGAGAGCACAGGCGGUGACACUGCUACGCUGGGAGUCUGGAUAGACACUGGCAGCCGGUAUGAGUCCGACGCCACGAACGGCGUGGCUCACUUCCUGGAGCACAUGUCGUUCAAGGGCACCGCCAAGCGGAACACGCGGCAGCUGGAGAUGGAGGUGGAGAACAUGGGAGGGCACCUCAACGCGUACACCUCGCGCGAGCAGACGGUGUACUAUGCCAAGGUGCUCAAGCAGGACGUGCCGAGGGCGGUGGAGCUGCUGUCCGAUAUCCUGCUAAACUCGACCUUCAGCCCGGCGGCGGUGGAGAACGAGCGGCAGGUGAUUCUGCGCGAGAUGGAGGAGGUCGAGAGCCAGAUCGAGGAGGUGGUCUUCGACCGGCUGCACGAGGUGGCGUACGUCGGCACGCCGCUCGCGCGCACGAUCCUCGGGCCGACCGAGAACAUCAACUCGAUCACCGCGGACGACAUCAGUCGCUACGUCAAGACGCACUACACGGCGCCGCGCAUGGUGCUCGCCGCCGCGGGCGCCGUCGAGCACGACCAGGUCCUCGACCUCGCGAGCGAGUACUUUGGCGGCGUGCCCACCGUCGCGCCUGCGGGCCACGACUACGAGAACCACGCCUCCCUCUUUUGCGGCGCGGACGUGCGCGACUUCAAGGAGGACAUGCCGGCCGCCAACUUCGCGCUCGCCUUCGAGGGUCUCAAGUGGACGGACCCCGACGUGUUUACGCUGAUGCUGUGCCAGUCGCUGCUGGGCACCUACGACAAGAAGUCGUCAAACAUGCAGUACGCGACCGCGCCAAUGGUGCUCGCCCUCGACAAGUACAAGGUCGCGGAGCAGGUGCAGCCCUUUUGCACCUGCUACAACGACACGGGCCUCUUCGGCGUGUACGUGACGGCGAACCUCGACUCUUACGACGAUUACUCGACGCUGUUCCAGAUCCUGCAGGACGAGAUGCUCGCGCUCACGCAGGGGGUGAGCGACGAGGACCUCGCGCGCGGAAAGGCGCAGCUCAAGUACAACCUGCUGCAGCAGAUGGACGGGACCUCCCCCACCGCGGAGGAGAUCGGGCGGCAGCUGCUCACCUUUGGCCGCCGGAUGAACCUCGCCGAGACGCUCGCCCGCGUCGACGACAUCACCGCCGCCGACGUCAAGCGCGUCGCCGACAAGGUCUGCUGGGACCAGGAGGUCUCCUUCGCCGCCAUCGGCUCCAACCUCAAGUACAUCGGCGACAUCAACUCGCUCCGCCGCGGAACCUACUGGAACAGGGUCUAGGCCGCGCGCCUCGCGGCCGCCGCCAGCGCGCCCUCCGCGCAGAGGCGGGCCGCAGAGCUCAAGCGGCGCGCCCUCCGGCAGGGAGGGCGACGCGGCGCUUUUGCUUGCUUUGCAGGACCGCGGCUGGCGGAGGGAGAGUGCCGGCCCCCCCCGCGAGUCGUGACGUACGGUAUAGAUAGAAACUUCAUGAUGAUUAUGUUAUCCGCC